AUGAAUGGCAAGCUAAAGAAGACGAGAAAGGAUUCAAUUCAUGUGUCCUCUCUACCAAAAAGUACGGAUUAUUUAAAACUCUUUUGGACCUUAGCAGAGAGUGAUGGUCAUGUACGUAUCCAAGCAGCAGAAGCAUUGCUCAUGUAUUUAAAACAUAGUACGAAACAGGAGAGUGAGGUGCAAUACACACUUAAACGAUUAGUCCGUGGUCUUGCAUCAUCACGUGAUGCUGCUCGUCAGGGUUUUAGUACAGCACUUAGUGGUCUCUUAGCUGUUUUUCCAGCGCAAAUUACACUAGAGAAGACACAUGAAUUACUACGGGAAGCUAUGGCAAUUCAUUCAUCCAUGAAACCCAUGGAACAACGUGAACACGUCUUUGGUCGUCUCUUUGGACUCUUGGCAUUACAUCGUUCUAAUCGCUUGAAAACGAACUUGUCAUUGCUUGUAGUGGUGAUAAAGGAGCUAUUUGAAAUGGCAGCAUUUAAACGCUGGUUCCGUGAAACGUGCUAUGAAGCAGUUUUGACUCUAUUAGUGGAUGUACCAGCUGAGCUCUUUGUGACGGAAUUAGCUAUGGUGAUUCAUCAACUAUUACAGUUUCAGCCUGUUAAGGGUAACGAGGAAAAAGGACGGGACGAGUGGAAUGCUGACCAAGUGCUACUAGCUGUUGGGGUACAGCGAUAUCUUCAUGUCAUUGGCAUUGACCAAGAUCAAGAAAAGAUGAAGCAAUUGCCAGAUAAGUUUGCGGCGCUAAAUGCUUUGCAGCGUCAUAAUGUACAUGUGCUUGCACGUCCAUUGCGUGGAUCGUCGGGAUGCUACCCACGUGUGCAUUCAGCUUGGUUUGGAGUGUUUGGUCACGUAUUGAAUCCGACGGAGAAUGCAUUGACAACACUUGAUAGUGAGUUGUGUCAGGAAACUUGGACAGUGCUGGUGGAGAACUCACUGGUCGGUGGCAGUAACUCGGACGAUAGUGCCCCUACCAGCCACGAACGUCAAGGUCUGGCACUAAAGUUGUUCGAGCUCGUGGCUCCCAAGCUGCCGGCACCGGUUUUGAGAGCCAUUCUUACCCCACGUUUUGUCAGGUGUCUGUACAACAAUGCUGUCGCCAAGAGAAACUACUUGCAUGAGGCAGCGCGUCACUGCUUGAAGUCGUUUGCUGCUUGCGCACCUGCUGAGUUCUUUCAUUUCCUUCGCAAACAGUUUACGUCGCCUCUAUCUAUCCUGGUAACGUCUGCUUCAAGCGACAGCGACAGCGAAGAGGAUGAAAGUCUUAAGAAGAAGCAGAAGCUGAGUGCGGGAGACUUUCAUGCACUUAUUGAGCUCGAGGAGAAGAAGGAGCGUAAGGAAGCGGUACAACGACGCGCGGACCGCGCACGGGUAUGGGCUGUUGAAGCUAUGGUUGCAGGUCUUUUGGAGAUGCUGGGCACCAAGAGUGAGUCGUAUAGCACAAAGGAAAAGCUGCAGGACGAUGUGCUUUGCUUUCUUGUAUUUCAUUCGUUCUUUAAGUCGUCACGCAAUGCUGAAUCUACUCCUUCCAAGAAAAGCAAGAAGGUCAAGACGACAGAGGUUGACGAAGUGGUGCAGGAGGCGACAGCGGCAAGCCCCGCUCUGUCGGAGACCGUGGCUACAUACGCCAAAACUCGUCUAUUCUCAUUGUUGAGUCUGGGUCUUGCAGGAGCUGAUGGAGUGCGUGCCAGUGCCAGCGUGUUGAGCCGCAUUUUUGCAAUUGCAAAAGAUAUGCAAGCGAGCAGUGCGACGGUUUCUCUGCUUGAUCCUCUCGACGACGAGGCUACGGUGCAAUUCAAUGCACUAACUGGCCACGUUGACAGUCUGCGAAGGAAGGAAGAAAAGGAAGAUGGAAAACAGUCAAAGAAAACAGCAGCGCGGAGACCUCUAAGUGAGACAUUUCUUCUGCUGUUCAUGAGUGUUGGACUUCAGUUCUUGGACAGUGAACAGCGUGAGGAUGCCGCUGUUGUGGCUGCUGACUUGGAAAAGUGCUAUAUCCAGCUUGUCGCGCGAGAGCAGGAGGUUACCUCCACGAAACAGAAGAAUAAAAGGAAGGAGAAGAACAAGUCUGAGGAGAUGAAAGAGGAGCCGGUAGUGGUUCUCACCGAUCUCUUGCUAAGUUUGCUUGCAGCGGACUCGAGUGCGCUGCGUGAAAUCGUGUCACAGGUCUUUCGUUCGCUGCUGCCGCUGCUCAAUAGGGCAUGUCUGACCACAAUAAUGAACGUGCUGCAACCAACAGCUGAAGCCGAAUGCGCUGCUGCUGACGAGGAGGACGAUGACUUUGCUCCUGGUACGCAUGGCGAUGAUGACGAUGCAGAUGAUGAAGAUGGAGAAGAAGACGAGGAAGCGGUGCUGGAUUCAGCGGAUGCUCUGUCUGAUGCACUUCGUAACGAUAAGAAGCUGGCAGCACUGCACCAACAGGAUUUGGCCUUGGCUGCUAUUGUAGGGCAAGUAAAAGUCCGCUCACAACGCAAGAAGGACCUCAAGCGCGCUCGUUUGCAGACAAUGCACUUUCAGCUGCGGAUUUUGGAUCUAUUGAAAGUGUUUGUCUCGCAGCGCCCUGAGCCAACCAAGGAUGCUACUGCUAAGCAUAACGCACUCGUGUUGUCAUUGGUAGCUCCGUUGUUCCGUGUAUUUGCUUACGUGCAAAAUGCUGAUACUGAAAAGCUUGUGCUUCGGGAUCGACUGCAAGCUGUACUUCACAAUGUGCUUCGUACGAAGGACAAGAUUCCGUCUGGCGAGACUUCUCGGACCGAAGCUCUUGACUCUCUUCGGCAGAUUAUUGAGCUGAUUCGCUCUACGCCAAUGGAUAAGGAUCACGCUGGCAAAGUUGCAUCUGCUGCUGUUGUAUAUCUCGUUCGUGUCAUCUGCUCCAGCGAGUCUUCUAGUGAUGAGGAGGUGCAGACGAUCAUUCGCGAGUCAGUCGUUGAUGCUUUUACAAAAAAGCAUUCCCGCUUUCCACGUACAUCGUUUGAAGAGCUGCUGACCAAGUGUCCUGCCGUUGGUGUUCGUGUACUUCUGGAGCCGUUAGUCGCUGUCGCAGCGGCUUCUGAAAAGAAGGAAGACGCUGGUGACUCGGAGACGCGAGCAGCAAUUGACGAGUUUUCAAAGUGUGAAGUGUUCCGGUUGCUCACGGUGCUACUUCGUGCUAGCAGCAAGCUGCAGCAGACUGGCGAGUUGUCCAAGGCUCAACGCAGUGCUUUCGAGCGUGUGCAGAAGGCUCUAAAGACGGCACUGGUGCGGCAAUUGGCCCCCGAAAGUGUCCAGCAGCUUAAGGCUAAACGUAUGAAGGUCGUGAUGAUGUUUACGCUGCAGCUUGUAAAGUUCUGGUGCUCGUCAAUGGACAAGGAGACGACCAAAGCAGACGUUCGUGCCGUGGUGGAGGCUGUGCAAGUAGUGGAGUCUAAUUCACCUGUUGUCAAGGGUAUGAUACGGCAGAUAUCCGAAGCUGCUGGUAUUCCAUUUGUAUCUGCGCAGAAACAAACAAAGGAAGAGAAGAAGAAGGUUCUGGUCGACGAGGACGACGAGCUCAUGCCUGAGAUGAAUGAUGAAGACGACGAAGCAAACAAAACGAUAGCUAGAAAGACCAAGGGACAGAGCAAGAAGACAAAGACUUUUCAGGACAAACAGAAAAGGAAGCGCAAGCGUUCCAUUGCUGAAAAGUAA